AUGGCCGAAGUGCAGGCUCGGUCAGUCUCAAUGGCACCCGACCAGGAUGUCGAGAAGGCGGGGCAGCCCAUGUACAAGUUCAACUUCAGUGAAUUCCUCAGCCGCGAAUACAGAUUUGGUCUGGAUCCCAACAGGCCAGCAUGCAAAUUUCUAGUGUGCAAGCAUUGGCUCCGUGGCCUCUGCAAGAAGGGCGAGACGUGCGAAUUCCUUCACGAGUACAACCUGCGACGAAUGCCUGAAUGUUCGUACUACGCCCGCACACAAACAUGCUCCAACGGCGACGAUUGCCUCUACCUCCACAUUGAUCCCGAAGCAAAGCGGCCUUCAUGUCCGCACUACGAUCGCGGAUUCUGCCCACUCGGCCCUUACUGUGCGCUAAAACAUAAUAAGAAGGAAAAGCUAUGUCCAUUCUACUUGUGCGGAUUCUGUCCCGAAGGCAAGGGCUGCAAGUAUGGCGCACAUGCUCGAUUUCCCACAGAUCUCAAGAAGCCGGAAGUCCGUAUAGAAAAGAGCCCAGAAGAGCUUGAGGCAGAACGUCUGGAGAGGGAGCGCGCAAUGAUGAGGCGAGAAGAAGAGGAGCGUGAGCGAGAUGAUAGAGGCGGGCACGGCGGUGGCCGAGGGUUCAGAGGCAAAUGGGAUCAAAACAAGCGAGGGCGUGGGCGAGGGCGCGGCCGUGGACGUGGCCGCGGGGACUUCUAA